ACACUGGAACAGGAAAAGAAUCUACUUCCUUGUGGAGACAAAAGGGUAUAAAAAAACGGUGUCACGUCUCUUCGCUGGUCAGUCUAGUCCCAGCGCAGACACGACGACGAUGGCAUCGGCACGAGCGUGGGUUUUCACUGUGUUUCUCCUGGCCUGUCUCCUCGCCGGGCCCACCGACGGCUGGGGGAGCAGGCGUCGCCGCCGCCGCCGCACCUGCCCGGCGAACACCGCUGCCCUGCCCGGCGCCUUAAACACCUGGGACGCCACCUUUACCUUCGAGUGCCCCUGGAACAAAGCCAUCUCCCGUAUCAAGAGCGUCCACUGCAACACGGCCGAGGACCGAGUGUGGCGGUUCGAGUGUCAGGAUGCCUCCGGUAUCUCCCACUUAACCCAGCACUACUGGACCGGGUGGAUAAACGACUUUGACGGCGGCAUGGGCCAAAACUGCCCCUUCAACAGUGUCGUCACCGGCUUCAAGAGCGAGCAUUCUAACCAGCAUGAGGACCGCCGCUGGAAGAUGAAGUGCUCCAAAAAGACCGGCAUGGUGCUCCACAGCUGUUACACCACCGGUUACGUGAACUCGUGGGACCACGCCAUGGACUUCACCGUGCCUGUACAUGUGUCCUACUACGUGACGGGUAUGCACGGGUACCACAGCAAUGGCGCCGAAGACCGGCUUUACCAGUUCCGACUGUGCAAGGUCACCCCGUGA